AUGCCCGCGCCAGGCGACCAGUACAGUGGCGGCAACGUCAAGAACCCAUUCGAAGAGCGCGUCAACAACAACUUUACAGCAUCAGAGAUUGUCACACUGCAAAGCAAACUAAACAAGCAACUUGGCCCCGAAUAUAUAUCGCAACGACCCGGUAAUGGUGGUGGCAGAGUGGCGUACUUGGAGGGGAACAAAGCUAUAGCGCUUGCGAACGAGGUCUUUGGAUUCAAUGGCUGGUCAAGCUCUCUAGGACAGGUGCAGAUUGACUAUGUCGACGAGCACCAGAAUGGCAAGGUGAGCCUCGGGCUCUCAAUAGUCGUGAGGAUUACGCUCAAGGAUGGCACAUACCAUGAGGAUAUUGGCUACGGAUCAAUCGAGAAUGGCAAAGGCAAAGCCGCAUCGUUCGAAAAGGCAAAGAAAGAGGCCGCAACAGAUGGCCUGAAACGCUCUUUACGCACAUUUGGCAACGUUCUCGGCAACUGUCUGUACGAUAAGGAAUACCUCAAAAAAGUCCAGGCCAUGAAAGUCAAGCCCAUUAAGUUCCAAGAGGAAAACCUUUAUCGCCAUGUCGACUUUGCACCACGACUACCUCAACCCGAGCCACAAGCCAUAGUCAAACAAGAAGCCCUAAUAACACCCGCCAGGCCUGACCAGCUUCUUCGAACACGUACCGAUCAAUUGAACAAUGAGUCUUUUGGAGCCGACUUUGAUGACGAAACCGACGAGAAUUUAUUUGAUGGAGUUGAUGUUUCUGAGGGGCAUGGAGAUGAGUUCUCCUUCUCAGAAGGUCUCUCUGCUUCCGAAACCACAGCACCACGCACAGCCGAGUCAGCGAAAUUAAAAGCGACAUCGUCUGGACGAACAUCUCCGGUCAGAAAUACAGGGCCUCCUCGACAGCCCAAUGGUAGGCCGAUACAAGCAGGUUGCGGUCAACCAGUAGUGCAACAGCAACAGAAUCCAUCCAACCAAGGGCCAGGAAGGCUUUUACCGCAAAUACAAAACGGUCGACAACCCCAGACACCAAUUCAGCAGCAACCACGCCCAGUGCAAAAUAACGGACGUAUGCCUCCACCAGCUGCAGAAAAUGGAGCUGCAUCAAGGCCUGUUGGACAACAAAACCAACAAGCUCCCAAUAACCAGCCCCCACGACCCAACCCUUCACAAGCACAACAGCCGCCUAACCAACAACGCCAAGGACCUCAGGCCCAACCCACAACAACGCCAGCAACGAACGCAACGGCCUCAAACCAACGACCAACUGUCGGAUUCGUUACCUCCCGCGCUGCUGAGCUCCUCCAAUCAUCCGAAACAACCACACUAAACAAUCUCCCACAAUUUAACCCUAACGCAGAAUCUCCUAUUCCAAAGGAGAAACGAACUCCCGGCAUCGACCACGCACGCAGUGUACCCAUCAAACGUGAAGCCGUCGGCGCUCCCCCCGCCCCUCAACCUCCACCCCAACGACCUGGUGCCUCAUCAACCGGCUCUUUCAACCGUCCAAACAUAGUGAACCCGCAUCUUGACAGCAACCGACGAAUCGGCAUGCCCGGUGCGCCCAACUACGCCAUGAGUCCUAGUGCGAACCGUGGUGCUUACAAGCCCCCCACAUUUGCUAACGGGAAUGGCAUCAAGAGGGAGAGGGCAGCAUUACAGGACGUUAGCAAUGUGGGUGUAAACGGUCAAACGGCUUCUGUGGAGGGACCAGACGCAAAGAAGCAAAAGGUUGAUGCGCCACCGGGUGCUGAGAACAACGCGGGUGUUGCUAGCACAUAG